GUGGCGGAGGCAGGUCAUGAAGGGUAACAGAGCCACUAAACAGUGGUGAAGUGGAGCCUGCUCUGGACUUCUCUGGCUCCCCCAAAGGCUGGGGACCAGCAUUUGGGACCAGCUACCCCUGGGCUGAAGGAAACGAGUGAGGAACCACCUGGGAAGAACACUUCAGGACUGAAGGCUUGAAAAGGCCUUGGGUCCUACGGCCUACUGAGAGCCUGGGUUUCGUCCCAGCCCUGGGACAAGAGGUAUGGACCAUGCUGCAGUAAAAAUGCCCGCCGCUUGAGCUUCAGACCAUGUAUUCGCACAGCUGCCUGGCAUCCAAGGAGGGCGUCUGGCCUCCGCUGCAGCCCCUCACCUACACCUACCUGCCCAGCCCUCUGCUGCUGCCCCCCAUCCACGCCCAUAGCUUCUACAGCUGGCCCCCAAGCCUGAGCGCAGGCGAGUGGCCGGCUCCGCGGGAAUACCACUGCUUCCACCGCCCAGGCGCGCCCCUGGCGGCCGCGCUGCCCUCGUGGGCCUUCCAGCAGGCCUACGCCGCGGCCCUGCUCCCGCCUUUCCCGGCGCCCGGCUACCUGGGGCCAUCUCUACAAGGGCCCGCGGGGGAGGAGACGGCGGCUGCCCCGCGCUGGGCACAGUGGCCCGAAGGCGGCAGCCUGCAGGCGGAACUGCGUUGGGGCCGCGUGGAGCACGCGCUGGGCCCGCGCCUAGAAUUGCCGGACGUGGUGCGCCGGGAACUCCGGCGCGUGUACGGCACGUACCCGCGCACCGACGUGCGCGUCACCUACCGCGGCGGCGAGUUCCUGCUUCAGGCCACGCCGCGCGUCCCCGAGCCCGAGUACCGUGUGCAGAGGCGCGUGCUGCGGCCGCCCGCCAGCAGCGGCAGCGCCGACAGCAGCCCGGCCGCGGAAGUGGCAGAACGUGGACGCGGGAGGAAGAGGAAAGGCCGGAGCUGAGGACGCCGCGGCGCCCGGCGGCCGGCCCCGGUGAGCACGCGCGUGCCUCUCCUUCCCUUCGCCCGCCGGCGCCGGCCCGCUGCGAGGGACACCUCCGCGGUGCGCUGGCGCUGGGUGCACCUCGCUUUUUGCCUUUUUGUUUUUCUUCUUCUUCUAUUUUUUUUUUUUUUUUUUAACCAAGACUGCACGCCGCCCACCUGCUGCACUUCCCUGAUUUCUCUCACGAUAUUGCUGGAUAGCGGGGGAAGGGCGAGAAGAGAUCAAGAACAUCUCGGGGUGGAUGUCCUGUUUCUCUUCCUUCCAUCCGGACUUGGGAAACCUGGUUGUGGGGCGGAAGAAGGGCGCGGACCCUGUGUUUCGUCUCUCCUUCCUCCUCCCUAUUUUAGAAUCCUGCCCUGCGCCAGGCCCCCACUUUCCCUUUCCCCCUCCUCCGCCUAACACAGCUCCCCGAAUUGCCUAAGUUCCUGCCCAAGCUGAGGGCCCACCUAUCCGCAGGUUGUAGUGAAAAGUAAAUAAAUGAAUGAAGUUAAGUGCA